GUUUUUUUUCCUGAAGCUGUUGACGUACCCGGCAGCGCGGUGACGUCAGAGGGCGUGUCCACACAAAGGACAGAAGGGACUCUACAAUGGGAGACAGUUUUCACGAGCAGCUGCUGGAGGACAGCUCCUUCCUCAGAUCGGACCGCAGGCUGGACACUGAGCGGGUGGACAAGCUCAUCCUGCAGCUCAACAGGAUCUACCCCCAGAUCCUCUCUGACAAGGAGGCCACCAGGUUCCGAAACUUGGACGUGCCCACCAGUGUCAGGCUGGGUGAGCUCCUGACAGACCUUCAGGGGAAAGGCGAGGAGGCCUGCAAGGAGUUUUACAGAGCCCUCCACCUGCAUGUGGAGGAGUUGUACUACAGCUUGCCCACACGGCUCCGACUGAGAGAUUCAUUGGAUCCACUUGCAAAACCACGAGUCUACCAACAGAGAUAUGACAUGAACAACAGAGGUCCCCUCUUCUUUCUGGGCUGUUUCAGUGUUGCCGUGGGAAUGGCUUUACUGUAUUACUACAGUGAAGCUAAAGUGUCCGGAGGCAGUCGGGCCCUGGGGAUGGCUGCGCUGGGUUUGAAAAAAAAUGCUCAGGAGGUUCUUAUUUGGUACACAGAAGCAAGCCGCAUGAUUUAGGCGGUGACUCCUUCACUCCAGGUGCCUCAGCCGUUCUGCUCUAAUGAAUUACAUUCACCAAAGCCCAGUACACUUUAUUUUAUUUCCGUAAGUUUUACGCACAAAUGUAUAGAUUGUUGUGUUACAGUCGUCACUUUGCUCCUCUUUCCUCUCGUGUCUAUGUCUGUUUAGUUAUCAGAACAAAUGCAAGGAGAUUAAUCGAUUCAUCACCACUUCAAGCUUCAAAUGUGGUUUGAAGCAAAUUAUUUCACAAUAAAUUAUUGAUUGUAUCGGUGAAAUAAUAAGGCAUAAGACUAGUUUAAUACUUAGCAUAGUACAUUUUACUACAUUAACAUGUUACCUGUUUGUCACUACAAAUAAGCCUCCGUGCAUUUUGGUCUUAUGACUGAGACCAGACCUUUUGUUGAAAGUAUUGUUUUGCAGCGUGGCCGCCAUCUUGUGGUCUGAUGACGAACUUACAGCACCAAACCUACUCUGGCUUCCGUUGGUUCUAUCAGAGCUUGUCGACAACCCGCCGUUAGUAUCUACUCGUAAAAAAAUGUGAAUAGACAGAAACAACAUCGAACAGGAGGUGGAUACCGAUUUCACGUGAAUUCCUGUAAGCAUUUGCAGUCACGUGGUCGCUCCAACCAAUGAUAUCCCGCUCUGUCGCCGCGGUGCAUUGUGGGUAGCGCGACGAGCAAAAGAAAAUCACAAUAAAUCUAUCGAAUAAUCGUGAAAAUGAAGCUUAAAUAUCGAUUAACACGUCAAAACAAACGUAACGGAGUUGUAGUUGACGGAAGGAAUGAAAACCAGAGUAUGCACCAUGAGUGAGGUACGUUGUGUAACCCGCCUGUAUAAAUACCGGUCUGUCGCCAUGACAGUACUGUGUUGUAUGAAAGGAGAGAAGGUUAGCACUCCCCUUGACAAGGAUGGAAGAGGCCCUUGUGGUCUUCAACACAUAUACGGUUAAGGCACUGCCACCUACUUCGUGGCAUCUCUAACCAAGUUUUUUAUCUGAUUCACCUCUGACCUGGACUCAUGUUAAACAGACGUCACACUAUGUUACAUUUACAGUUCUUAACUUUAUCUCUCACCACGUCCCUUUGAAACAGGAAACCGUUCCUGAGUAUUUCCCCUUGUCUCUGUUUCCGCUGAGUCAGCCCAGCAGGAAAACUGGUGUUUUUCCGCUUGGCCUCUGGAAGCAUUUAACCGAUCUCCCUUAAUUAAAUAACUCUGUGUGUGUGUGAGGGUUAAAAAAAAGCACAUUUAAAUCUUGUUUAUAUAUUGCAUCCUCUGCUGUGGAUAUUUUUUGUUGUUGUGCCUUUUUCUUUUUUAAGUGAGUUAGUUUGUGAUAAAAACCUUAUUUAACCACAAAGAAGGGCAAGCAAAGGAAUUAGCACCUAAUUGAAGGUAAAUAACAUUGGUUGAUAUUUCUCAGGCUGUUUGUAAACAAUUUGAUUCAAACGUUCAAGAGUGAAAAGGUUUUCUUGUUGUAACCGUAAACUGUCACAUUGGUGCUUUGAUAAAACGUGUCCUCCAGCCAUGUGACGCAGGUUAAUCUUCAGGAGUUUAAUAUCAGAAACACUUUAAAGAAAUAUUUUGCAGCUUGUUCGGUAAAAUAAUUAUAAAAGGUAAUAUUGACAUGUUUCCUCGUUGAGCAGUGCCUGAGAGUUGUUUGUCACAUCCAGUGUGUUUUGUCGUGUAAAAAAUGCCUUAAAUUUAGAAGUGCCAUCAUUUGUAUGAUUUGCGACUUUUGUCUUUGUACAAUAAAAACAUGCAUGGUAAUAAUACACAGAA